AUGGCGUUGUCUUUGCUGCGACUUUCUGAACUGGCCGUCGCGGCCUUGGUCAAUGUGCCUGGCUCCUGUGCUGACCAGGAUCUUAUCACGAUGCUUGCUGCGGAAGCUUGUCAGACGCCGUCGGAGCAGUGGGCCUUGGGUCUGCUCCUGGCCAGUGCGCAGGUAGGCCAAGCCGCGGAUACCUUGAUGCCCAUUGUGGGAACUGCGCGUGCCAGAGAACUCCUCCUGCAGUGGGCCAAAACCUUUGAAGCAGAAUUGCCUCUGCUGGAGGAGUGGACGGAAGAGCCAGAUGAGGAAAGCUUCAUGCCAGCUCGCCUCGCACUGAAGCAGGACGUGAUCGAGGCUGUCGGCGACGCCUGCGAAGAGAAGGCUAUGGACCUGGUGCAGCAGGGCUACAUUCGCAUGCCUUCCUGGACAGCCUCGGACUUCGGCGCGCUGGCCUCGCCGGAGGAGGAUGACGAGUUGAGGGGCCGGCUUUCGGCCUGGUUCCUGAGUGGGCUGACGCAGAAGCUGGCUCACUGCUACGACUGCUGCGGCGUCCUGAUGCGAAUGCAAGAGCGAGAGCAGACGCAGAGCCUGGCCGCGACGGUUGAGGCAACGCUGUCGGCCUGCCUGCAGCUCCGCGAGAUGGUUCUGGAAUCCUCCGACCUGGCAGAGCAGCCGGCGAAGCUGCAUUCAGCACUGCCAGUUGUCAACCGUACAGAGGCUCCGGGCGACGCGCUAGGUGAAGAGUUUGUUUCCGUGAUUGCAACUGCCUUGGACUCCGCGUUUCGCCGGGUCGAGGCACAGAUCCCAUCACUGCUGCUACGGCCGCUUUGGCGUCUGGCGACAGCCAAAGAGAUCUGGAUAAAGUGGGCCAAAAUGGUCGCUCAGCAGGCACCCCCCGGCGACAGAUCCGUCGAUCAGGCAUCGGGCCCCAACACGGGGCCCGAAGCGGCGGCCGCCAAGGAGGCCACGAAACCCCGUCCAGAGCGACCUGUCGGAAAGGCCAAAGCGCCUCCAAAAAGAAGCGACCGGCAGGAUUGGAAUGCGCGGUCACGCGCAAUGCUUGCGCAGAUGGGCUGGACUUCUUGA